GCAAGCCCAGAGCCAGUUCCGUACUGCAAGUGUCUGCUAGCUUAGCUUCUUAGCCUUAGGCUAGAAUUAAGAACAAGUAUGAUAUGAAACCAAUUACGCUGGAGGAUCAUUUGAGACAAUGUCACCCUGACAAAAAAGAAAAAGAUUUGAAAAACUCUCGAACUCUCAAACAUAAAGUUCAGAAUAGACCCACAAAAUCUCUCUUCCACAUCAUAUAGAGAAGAUGAUGGUUUGUGAGAGUCUUACAAUUCUCUUUACUUAUAGCGAAAUAUGGAAAACACUUAUAGUACAAUUUAAAAUCAGUACAGACUAAAUCAAGUUGAAUGCUCAAAAAGUUAUUUAGAUGACAAACAAUACAAGUACUGGAUAAUGGCUGAGCCUUGGAGUUUACUUAUACUCACAUUUUUGUGUAGCUUUACAUUAACAAGCUGUAAAUUAACCAACGAAGUUUCCUUUUUUGGGGAAAGCUUUUUGUUGAACCCAUUGAGAGAAACCAGCAGUUCAUCAUGGAUCAAGCUUGACUUCUAUACUCACAUGUCUCAAGGUUUGUUGUUUCUGGCAGCUGGUGGCACAGAUUAUAUUUUGAUCCAACUCAGUGGGGGAACUUUGGAGGUUCGAGUCAACUUGGGCCACGGAGAAGCUGUGGCUCACUCGGCCAGAGGAGUCAGUCUCAAUAACUUUCAGUGGCAUUCUGUUGCCCUGAACAGGACUAAAGAUAAGGUUUAUUUGGUCAUUGAUGGAUCUGACCAAGUUGAGAUGGUUGUACCUGGGUUGGACCAUAACCUGGACAUAAAUUUAGGAGUUUAUGUAGGUGGUACAGGACUAUUGAGGACAGAUUUAGGCAGUUAUUCCAAGUCAUUCAGAGGCUGCAUGAGAGAUGUUUAUUACAAUGGACAAAAUAUUCUGCAGAAUAUGAAGAGUUUAAAAAACUCUAACAAUAUUGUUUGGCAUUGUGCUGAUGAGUUCAAAGUCACUUCACUCAGGCCGAUUAGUUUUAACCAUUAUAGCUCUUAUGUGGCUUUCCCACACUUCAGAAUGGACUCAAACCACCAGGGCCUAAUAUCUUUUGAAUUCAAGACUCGCUCUAAAAAUUCUGUAUUUUUAUUCAAUUCAGGGGUUGGAAAAACAUUUCAAAAUUUUAUAGCAGUGGAACUAAUAGAUGGGAAGCCAAAGCUUUCAUUAAGACUAGACUCUGACACUGUGGAAGUAGUGACACAACUUGUUGCGAAUGAUGGCAGAUGGCAUCAGCUAGAGGUGCUGUUAUCUCAAACAUUGGUUCAGUUGUCUGUUGAUGGCAAUAAGAACACUUCUCCUUUGAGCAUUCAUAGCAAUAUAAAUUUAGGGGGUCAUUUGUUUAUUGGAGGUCUGGGCCCAAAAUCCCAGCAACAUGCAUUGCAGCUUGGAUUAAUUUCACAUGAAGACAAUACUAAAAAAUCAAUGUUAGGUUGUGUUAGAAACCUUCAAGUGAACUCUUUCAACUAUAACUAUCACCAUAUUCAGAUCUCAAGGCAAAUCAGCACUGAUUGUGCUUGGGACUUUCCUUGUGCAAGUGAUCCCUGUGUGCUCAAUGCUCAGUGCACAGAGCUCAGUGGCUCAGAUUUCAAAUGUGAUUGUGAUGAAGACAUUUGCGUGAGAAAAGAGUUUCAAUUGGAUGCCAAUUUAAAGCUUGAAAAUCUUGUUGGGUUUAUAACAGCUGGGAAUCUGAUGGUUAAGGAAAAAACCUCUGCACUUGUCGGCACCAAUGUAAUCAAAAUCAAUAAGGAUGUUUUGAGAAGCUCAGUUAGAGAGGAAAGUAUUGUGUUUUUUGUAAAGGAACGGCCAAGUGAAGGUUUCAUUGACAUAAAAGGUAAAUCCCAUCAAGAUACAUUUACAAUUAAAGAUUUGAACGAAAACACUGUGUAUUAUAGACAUCUAGGAGGCAAAGUUAAACAAGACAGCAUAACCUUUCAGGUCUCCUUCACACUCCUAACAAAGGAGCCAGGUUCCACAUCUGAACACUUUAACUUUGUUUUACCUGUUACUAUUGUUAGCAGCCCAAAUUUGGAAGUUUCCUUAAAAAGUGGUCAAAUCUUAAAUAUAACUUCUGGCGCAAUUCUUCGAAUAACUCCGUCUAUUUUAAAUGUGAAAUCUUCAGGUAUAGAUCCUACUUUGUUGAGAUUUUCUGUAGUGUUCUUGCGUCCAAGUCCAAGUAGCUUUGAAUCUUCAGAAGCACAAAAGAAACAAAUUUUAUCCUUUCUGCUCAAAGAUGUCCAGGAUGGAAAAAUCUGGUUCAGACACAAGGAUGACAGUAUAGUGUACACCAAAGUGAAUGUUACUGAUGGUGUCUCCAUAAGUAAUGCUGUUGACUUGCGUUUCAAGGUUGAAGAACUGAAACUGAUCGUUCGUAACAAUACUGGAAUUAAUAUAAACUAUGGUGCCCAUUAUUUGAUGACAGCUAACAAUCUAAGCACCACAACAAAUGUUCCCCUUGAAGAGCUGGAGGUAAGAUACAACAUUACCAAACCUCCUACUCAAGGAAGCAUCCAGCGACUAGAGUAUAGCACAUCACAGUGGUCCAAUGUCACCACAUUUACCCAGAGGCACAUUGAUGCUGGUCGAAUACGCUAUCUACACAUGCCAGGCAAGAGCAUUGCUAUGCUUGACAAUUUCACUUUUGAAGUUGUGUCUAAACACCAGAAAACUGAACCUCAAGUAUUUAGGAUAACAUUCAAACCGGUCACACUAACCAUUGAGCAGAACUAUAAUUUGAUUUUAUAUAAUGUGCCCUAUGGAAAACUUACUAAUAGAACUCUGUUAGUUGUAAGUGGGUCACCUGAUUUUAAGGCCAACAACAUGGAGUAUACAUUGGUAAGAGCCCCUCAGUUUGGAACUCUUUAUUUAAUCAAGCAACAUGUCAGCACCAAUAUUCCUUUUGAGGAGUAUCAGAGUCUACAGUUGGAGGGUUCCUUUACUCAACAAGACAUUAACAGUGGCUUUGUUUACUAUAAAAUAGAUAAACCUACAUUUGAGAGAAAAACUGACUAUGCGGAUCUACAUGCAUCAUAUUUUGGAUUCAAUAUAAUGGUUCGUGCUAUGUUUGAAUUCUCUCCUAAACAGUUGACUGCAAGGCUAAUAAAUAAUGGCCUUAAAGAUGUCCCUGAAGGUGGGUCAGCCACAAUCACUGGAAAUGAUUUAUCUUUAGAAAUUGACAGCUACAAACAGUUUAAGUUUUGGGUUAUAACAGGCCCCAAGCAUGGAUCGAUAAAUAUUCAAGACCCUGCCUCUUCCACCAUCUCCCAGCAUAAUGUCACAUCAUUCACCAUGUCUGAUAUCUUGAAUGGUCGAGUUAUUUAUAGCCAUGAUGACUCAGAGAAUGGAGCAGAUUCAUUUACAUUCUUAGUGAACCCUCAGAUAGAAGACUCGGAUCUGGAUGCAGCAGGGGAAUUUCAGGAAUUGUCUGGAACCUUUAAGAUCAUCAUGAAAAUGAAUAAUGACAACUCUCCUAUAAGGUCUGUGAAUAAAGUAUUUCACAUAGCAACAGAUCAAACAAAACUCUUGUCUAUAGAUGAUCUUGCUUUCAGAGAUCCUGAUAUUGACUUUGAUGACUCCAAGUUGGCAUAUCAGCUGCAACCCAUUCCUAAUGGAGAAAUAAUUAAUGUAAUGAGCAAGGAACUUGUCUUAAAUUUUACCCAGAGUGAUCUGAAAGAAGGGAAAUUAAUGUUCAAACACAAAGGAGAAACUUAUGCCCGUAUUCCCAUAUCUGUAUCAGAUGGUAAAUUCUUUACAAGCAGUCUAUUUGUUGUUCAGGCCUCACCACCAUACAUCAAAGUUGUGAAUAACACUGGAGUGGAAGUCAAACAAGGAGCUUCUGCUGCAAUUUCUAGUUUUAACUUGAGCCUGGAAACUAAUCUAAAUUUAAAUCCUGAAACAAUCAUUUUCAGAGUGGUUGAAGCUCCAAAAUAUGGUAUCAUUCGGAUUGAUGGACGCAAUACAAAUGACUUCAAAUACCAGGAUCUUAUAAAGGCUAAAGUUCGUUACUGGCAUAAUGGGGGAAAUAGUCGUGAAGACAAAGUAAUUUUUACAGUUCAGCUGGAGAGUUUGCGCAUUCAGGUUCCAUUCUCUUUAAAAAUCACAGCAGAUGGUGUAUCAGAUCCUCCAGAAAUUAUUCACAAUCAAAUUCUAAAAGUAACUGCCAUGCAAUCCGAAACUAUAACUGAGAAUCAUUUGAAUGUAGCUCACAAGAAUUACCCCCCACAUGAAAUAGAAUUUAUCAUAACUCAAUUACCCCGCUCUGGUCACCUGGUUAUCAAAGGGAACCCUGUCAAGACAGGUAGUGCUCCAGAGUUCAGCCAGCAGGACAUUAUAGAAGGACAAGUUGUCUAUGUUAGUGACACAUCUGAUGCACUGUCUGAUAAACUGGUUUUUGAUGUUGGCACAGAAUUUCAGAGCUUGCGGCAGUUAGAUUUCCUUAUUGAGAUUGUGCCGCAAACACUUCAGAUGAACAGAGUAAAUGCAAAAGUGAGAGAGGGGGGAACUUUGGUGUUGGGCUCCAGCCUGUUACUUUUUAAACCUCAGCUACCCAUAAGCUCAAAGGCAGCUUUAUCGCUUUACCAGAUCCCUGUUCAUGGAAAAGUGAUGUUGAGAAAUGGCCAAACAGAGAAUCAAGUGAAUGCUUUUACAUAUGAGGAUGUCAGCCGUGGCCGGCUAGUUUAUGUUCAUGAUAACAGUGAAAGUUUAUCAGAUGAACUUGCCAUUAGAUUGGAGCAUCAAGAAGGGAAGCUGCCAGCAAGGAUGAUUGUUGUACUGAUUGAGGUGACGCCUGUUGACGAUCAGCCACCUUUUGUUGUGACAAAUGCUGGAUUAGAUCUGUGGACAGGAUCUCUGCAACUUUUAACAAACAAGCAGCUUAUGGCUACAGACCCUGACACCAGCAGUGAUCACAUUGAGUUUCGGGUGUCUGCUCCGUCAAAUGGCCACAUUGCUUACCUCAAUAAUACAUUCAAGCAAAUUACAAAAUUUACUCAGCGAGAUUUGGACAGUGGAUCAAUAGUUUUUGUACACAAAGGUAGUGAAACUGGUACUUUUACAUUUCAAGCCACAGAUGGCAUCAAUGCUGACCAAUCUCGUGUAUUUCGAGUGAGAGCUAGGCCUGUAGAACUUUCUGUCAUCACAAACAACACCAUCAGAGUGUUCCCUGGGUUUACUCAGCCUAUCACAAAUGUUUCCAUCCUGGUCAAAACAUCCUCUAGUAACUUUACACAUCCAAUACUUUUUAGUCUUCUAGACACUUGGCCUCGUAAAGGCAAACUUGUGACCAUAGUAAACCAAAAGCCUGUUGAAAUCAGCACAUUUACCCAAAGUGACAUAAAUGAAGGAAAAAUAUUUUACAAGCAUACAGCUGAAACUAAAUCCUGGAUUGACACAGAUGUCAUAUAUUUUGAAAUAUCCACAGCUUAUGCUCAAGCAUUAGUCAGCAAAGCUUUGAAAGUAGAGAUUUCUUUUUCUCAUAUCAAUCAAGAUAACUAUCGGCAACUACUGCACAUAAAACCUCUAAAUAUUAUAGAAGGAGGAAAAAUCACUAUAAAUAAAGACUACUUGGAUUCAACAGAAUUUAUUGCUAAGAUUCGUGCAUUCCUUCCAGUGGUAGACGUGGAAUUCUCUUUUGCUGUACCCCCAAGGCAAGGCUAUUUGUGGUUUGAUGGUCAGCAGGCAGCUGUAAAUCAGAAGUUCACUCAAGAAGAUCUUAACAAAGGUGAUCUAACUUACAAACAUGACAACACAGAAACUGUGAAAGACCGUUUCAAAUUUGCAGUGAAGCUAAUAGUUCCCAAAGCUUAUGGUGGGUAUACCAACUCCGAACAGAUUUUCACUAUGGAUAUCUUUAUAGAGCCUGUCAAUGACAGGGGUUUUGAAUUGAUCACCAUACACCCAAGGAUAACAGUGAAACAGGGUUCACAGGUGGUGAUUACGCCCAGCAACUUGACCACCAUAGACAUGGACACAGGCCCAGAGGAAAUCAAAUACACCAUUGUGACCCAGCCAAGUAAUGGCAUGGUUGUGAAGCUACCUGAUAACAGGACACGCAUCAGCUCUUUUUCUCAGAAAGAUAUCAAUGAUGAGAACAUUAUGUUCAGACAUGAUGGAACCCGGAAGUCUAGUGAUUCUUUGUACUUUAAAGUCUGGGAUGGCCUGUUUGAUCCUCACUUCUCCAAUAUGAAUAUCUUGGUGAUCUUAUUGAACAUUAAUGUAGCCAAAGACAGCUUCGUGCCACUGAUCCAGGGAAACAAGUCUGUUACUGUAACCAGCAAACAUCUUAAAGUGUCCACCAAUGGAGAUUAUAAUUCACUGAUCUACAAAAUCAUACAGAGGCCACAGUUUGGUAGGCUGAUGAAACUGAAUACACCUGCUGUAGAGUUCAGUCAGGGGGACUUGGAUAAAGGUUAUAUUUUCUACAACCAGAAUGCAGACUCCCCUGGAGAUGAUUAUUUCACAUGCAGCAUCAGGCUUAAGAACAUGGACAGUUUUCAUGAUGAAAUUGGCUUUGAUGUCACUAUGAUGCCUUUACUUAAACAAAAUCCAUUAGUCACCUCUGCUGGUUCCUUUGUGGCUAUAACUAGAUCCACUUUGGAUGCUAGUGAACUGGCGCACAUGACUAAUGACAACCCUCGCUUUACCAUUUCCAAGUAUCCCAAAUAUGGCAAGAUAAUGAGGCGACACAGGCAGCGCCGUGAGGCAAAUUUAGAAAACCACUUUCAGUCUGUGACAUCAUUCACCUUUGAAGACGUUGUUUACACUCAAAUUUAUUAUGUUCCUAAUGAUGACACCAAUCAUAAUGGAUCUGACAGCUUAGUUUUUGUCUUAUCUGCUAGAGGUGUGCCUUCAGCUAAAGGGGAGCUAAAGAUACAGCUCAAUGAGCCUACAAUUGUUCCCAAUAGGCCGACUCAUACAGAUGUGGAGAAGACAACAGCUAUUGAUGACAGCCACCAAGAAUCACAAGGGGAUAGUGGCAGCAAAAAUGUUUCUCAAGAAGCUGUUGUAGAAGCUGGGGUUAGCUUAGAUGAAGACAACAAUGGUGUAGUUAUUGGUACAGUGCUGAGCUUAAUACUUAUAAUCUGUCUUGCUGUGGUGUUAAUUGUGUUAUAUUUAAGGUGGAGGCGAAGGAAUCAGCCAAUGUCCUUACACCAGGCUAAAGCGGCCAAGCCUAGGCCGUACAUCAGUGGACCACUGCAGCUUGAGCAGCCCAACGUGCACAUAGAGCCUCAUGAUGGGGGACUGUCCUCCCCCAUGAGUCGGGAAAGUACUGCUCUCAUGAGUGGGAGCCAUGGGGCUGAAAGUGAAUAUAUGAACACCACUGAUAUGGCCAACUCUGGUGAAACAGACAGUUUACACCAGCUGACCAAAGAUUCUGAUGGGUCACUUAACAUCAUGAAAGUAGAUGUUAGCUACACUAUGCCUGGGCGCAGAACAACCCUUGGAAAAGAUACUGAGUCUGCAUCAGAAGAAUUAGACCGCCCUUCAACUAGAGCCAGUGGGAGAGAGUCCAAUGCCAGUACAGACCUAAUGGAUUGGUCUUUGAUGGAGCCUGAUUUACUUCAGCACUGUCGAACAACAACACCUAUACUUAGUUAUAAUCAAUAUUGGUUGUAGGUGAAACUGUUUCUUUACAUUUGUCUCCACAGCUUUUGUACUGUGUAUAUAUUACGAAGUACACAGCUAUAGCAUUUAAUUUUUAUCUGUAAGAAAUUCUUUCUUAUAGUCUUGAUAAUAUUUAAGAUGUGUUGUUACAAUGAUGCUCCUACAAACAAAAAUUGUUUUAAUACACAAUGACUUUUAUAAGAUACAAUUGUUAUUGUUUUUGUGACUCAAUGCAACAAAAGAGACUCAGAUGUUUGCAGGAAUUUUAAGUCAAAAGAAAAACCAACCUAAAAAUGGAUUAGAAGUAUGAAUUAUGUGUUUUUUUUUAUGUUUUUUUAUAGUAAUUUUCAUCAUAUAUAAAGAUAUCUUCUAUAGUGAAAUACAUUUUUUCUUCAACUAUUUCAAACUAUUCUACUUCUCCUAUGUUGCAACAAGUCACAUUUUAUUUCAUUGAACCUUUACAUUUUUCUACUGUGUCAAUGUCAUUGUUUCUAUUGCAUGGCCUCGUAAAAAUGGCCAUUUCCUAUUUAAUUUACUGAUAAUUCAAUAUAAUCACACUCUGUUAUAUCUCAAACCCUUUGAUCCAAAAUAUAUUUUGAUUGGAGAUAUUGUUUUAAUUUUCUUCUUUGUAAAUAUUUUGUUACGAAGCAAUGCCAGACCAAUGUGAUAUGUUGUGAAGUGGAAAAAAAAUCUUUUAUUUACAUUCUUUUUAUUUAUAGAUCUUAACAACAUUUUUUUUGUAAUGCUAUAGCCAGAGAGGAAGGUGAGGGAACACACUUGUCACAAAUAACCUUCUCUAAUGCUGAACUCUCAUGCUAGGUUUUAUUUAUUUAUUUUUUUUUUUUUCUAGUCAAACACUUUGCUAUGUUCAAGAAAGGAUUUCUCCACCAAUGUUGAAUGAGUUUAGCUGACAUGUUAUGAGAGAGAGAAAAACUCCAAUUUUAGCUACUAUGUUGAAAACAACUUCGUAGCCAAUUUUGUGUACCUUGUCCAAUGGACACCACUUGUUUUUGUGUUCUUGUAUACACUUUAUUUUGAUUUGUGCAAUGAGUUCAUGAUGUGUGAUCUGUUAAGUCCUCUUUUUUUGUUUUAUUUUAAAUUAUUUCUUGUAUCUGAGAUACUUCAUUGGCAAGUACUUAUAGUUCAAUCAUGGAUUUGUUCAAUCUUAACCCAUGACAAAAUCCUAUGUGUAAUAGGAAGCACUUUAGCAUCUAGUCAUUAAACACCUACAUCCCUUUUUGCUUGCACUUGCGCAAACCAAUGUGUCAAGAACCUUUUUUUUUUCUAACAUGUCAAUCAGCUAGAAAGUUAUGUUGGUUGCUUUUUUUUUUUUUUUUGGCUAAUAUUUUUUAUAAUUGGACCAAUUUAAACAAUAAAUAUUUGAUUACCUUUAUAAAUUGGUAAGAAUAAUGAAUUUGCUUUUUUUUUUAACACAUAGAGUUUCAUACCACGUACAAUGAAUUUUCAUGAUGCAUGCAUCCACUAUUUGGCCGUCCAGUUAUCAUCUGACCAGGUGACCAUUACACCACAGAUAUACUCAAAUUGUUUUCAUGAAUUAGUUUGCUUAGCUUUUAUAUGUGGCUCUGGGUUCUAUGUUUUACAAUACCUAAAGUGCUUGCAGCUUUCUUGCCAGCCUCAAUGCCAGAAAGAGGGGAACACGAGAGCUGAGAAAAGUCAUUCAUGUAGUUAUUAUAUAAGAGCCAGAAGUAAUGAAAUGGUAGUUUUUAUACUGUUUUGAAGCUAUCAUUAGCUUGUAUGCUUUUGUCCUCUAAAUGCAGGAAUUCAUUAUCACAAGUUAAUUAUUGCUUAUACUCAACAUUUUAUGUUAUGUAACAUUUUUUACAGUCAUUUUUAUAGUGUUUUUUUUUUUUUUCAAUUUGUACCCGGUAUUCUAUAAAAUAAUUUCAAUUUGUUGUUGAAAUCAGAAAAAAAAGGUCAUGGACUACACCAAGCCUACACUUUUGUGUAGAAAAUUUAUU